UGAGGUUGUAUUUCUAGAAAGCUCAAUUCUUGCUCCGGCACUGCAACAACAAAGAAAUUUCCGAAGAAAUAUGAAUCCGCCGGACAACAGUGACGUUCCUCCGCUCCCCACCAUCAAACUUCACCAUCCAUCUUCCCCUCACCACCCUUCCUCCACCGCCACCCCCACCGCCGGCGCCCGCCGCAAGCUCGGCGUGGCCGUCGACCUCUCCGAUGAAUCCGCCUUCGCCGUCCGCUGGGCCGUCAAUAACUACAUCCGCCCUGGGGAUGCGGUCAUCCUCCUCCACGUAUCCCCCACCUCUGUCCUCUUUGGGGCCGAUUGGGGCCCCCUUCCGCAGCACUAUUCCAACUCGUCUUCUGCCGAACAGCCUUCUCAGCAGCAACUGGAAGACGAUUUCGAUGCUUUCACUGCCUCGAAAGCUGCCGAUCUCGCUAGACCUUUGAAGGAAGCUCAGAUUCCUUACAAGAUCCACAUUGUCAAGGAUCAUGAUAUGAGGGAAAGGCUUUGCUUGGAGGUGGAGAGGCUAGGGUUAAGUACGGUGAUCAUGGGAAGCAGAGGUUUUGGAGCUGCGAAGAAAGGGAGAGAUGGCAGAUUGGGAAGCGUCAGUGACUAUUGCGUGCAUCACUGCUUGUGCCCAGUUGUGGUCGUGAGGUACCCGGAUGAUAAGGAAGGUAGCGCAGGAGAGCCGAUGGUCACUGUGAAGGAGAUGGAGGAGGAAGAGGUCGCUCUGAAGCCAGACGGGGAGAAUCAGGAUCAACAAGAUGCUUGACAAAUAACAAGUGGUUGGGGUUCCUGCGUUAUCCUCUCAGCAACAGAUGGCGUGGAAUGCUCUGAAGCCAACCAGAAUUUGACAUGACUAAAAAUGUUGUUAUCAUGUUUGAGAUGAACUGCAUUUGUUUAAAAUGGAUUCGUAGAUUCCUGUCUCACCUCCCUGUCUCUGUCAUGUAUCAACUUGGGGCGGAUGGAUGAUGUUACCGUAUGGCUGAUAAAAGUGUUUGAUUUUCUUUUAUGCUACUGCAGUGUGAUACAUAGAUAAUCACUCUUAGAGAGUUUGUUUUUGCUUCUAUGAGCUGUCCUGUAUGCUUUUCAAAGAAUUGAGCCUAUUAUAAACAAGUGCAGUUAUCACGAAGGCAUUUUGUUCUUGAAAUUAUACACGGUAAAAGCUUGAGAAGAAAAAUAAAAUUGCUGGUAGGUU